GCCUCCUUCCUACCUGCAGCCCGCCCCAUAAAGCGCUGCCCGCUCCCCGCCCGCCGCCGCCCGCAGCCCGCGCCCCGGACCCUUGGGCCCGCUUGAGCGCCUGCAGCCCCCGGCCGCCGAGCGCUCAGUCCCGGCGGGGAGCGCGCGAGUCCGCGCCAAGGAGAUGGCGAGGCCGCGUCCCAGCCCGUGGGCCAGGCUGCUGCUGGCAGCCCUGCUGAGCGCCUGCCUCCCCGGGGACAUGGCCAACCGCUGCAAGAAGGCCCAAGUGAAGAGCUGCACAGAGUGCAUCCGUGUGGACAAGGACUGCGCCUACUGCACGGAUGAGAUGUUCACGGAGCGGCGCUGCAACACCCCGGCCGAGCUGCUGGCGGCCGGCUGCCGGCAGGGCAGUGUGGUGAUCAUGGAGAGCAGCUUCCAGAUCACAGAGGAGAGCCAGAUCGACACGGAGCUGCGGCGUAGCCAGGUGUCCCCCCAGGGCAUGUACAUCCGGCUGCGGCCCGGCGAGGAGAGGCACUUUGAGCUUCAAGUCUUCGAGCCCCUGGAGAGCCCGGUGGACCUGUACAUCCUCAUGGACUUCUCCAACUCCAUGUCCGACGACCUGGACAACCUCAAGCAGAUGGGGUCGAACCUGGCCCAGGUCCUGAGCAAGCUCACCAGUGACUACACCAUCGGCUUUGGCAAGUUCGUGGACAAAGUCAGCGUCCCACAGACGGACAUGAGGCCUGAGAAGUUGAAGGAGCCCUGGCCCAACAGUGACCCUCCGUUCUCCUUCAAGAACGUCAUCAGCCUGACCAAGGACGCGGAUGAGUUCCGGGACAAACUGCAGGGAGAGCGGAUCUCGGGCAACCUGGACGCUCCGGAGGGCGGCUUUGACGCCAUCGUGCAGACGGCCGUGUGCACGAGAGCCAUCGGCUGGCGCCCGGACAGCACCCACCUGCUGGUGUUUUCCACCGAGUCGGCCUUCCACUACGAGGCCGACGGGGCCAACGUCCUGGCUGGGAUCAUGAACCGCAACGACGAGAAGUGCCACCUGGACGCCACGGGCACCUACACCCAGUACGGGACCCAGGACUACCCGUCCGUGCCCACCCUCGUGCGCCUGCUCGCCAAGCACAACAUCAUCCCAAUCUUCGCUGUCACCAACUACUCCUACAGCUACUACGAGAAGCUGCACACGUAUUUCCCCGUGUCCUCGCUGGGGGUGCUGCAGGAGGACUCGUCCAACAUCGUGGAGCUGCUGGAGGAAGCCUUCAACCGCAUCCGCUCCAACCUGGACAUCCGAGCCCUGGACAGCCCCCGAGGCCUGCGGACAGAGGUCACCUCCAAGAUGUUCCAGAAGACAAAGACUGGGUCCUUCCACAUCCGGCGGGGGGAGGUGGGCACGUACCUCGUGCAGCUGCGGGCGGCGGAGGACGUGGAUGGGAAGCACGUGUGUCAGCUGCCCGAAGAGGACCAGAAAGGAAACGUGCACCUGAAGCCCUCCUUCUCCGACGGGCUCCGCAUGGACGUGGGCAUCAUCUGUGACACGUGCGCCUGUGAGCUGGAGAAGGAGGUGCGGUCGGCGCGCUGUGACUUCCAUGGAGACUUCAUGUGUGGCCACUGUGUGUGCGAUGAGGGCUGGAGCGGCAGCACCUGCACCUGCGCCACGGGCUCACUGAGCGACAUCGAGCCCUGCCUGCGGGACGGCGAGGACAAGCCGUGCUCGGGCCGCGGCGAGUGUCAGUGCGGCCGCUGCGUGUGCUACGGCGAGGGCCGCUACGAGGGCCAGUUCUGCGAGUACGACAACGUGCAGUGCCCCCGCACCUCCGGGGUGCUGUGCAAUGACCGAGGCCGCUGCUCCAUGGGCCAGUGUGUGUGCGAGCCCGGUUGGACGGGCCCCAGCUGUGACUGUCCCCUCAGCAACGCCACAUGCAUUGACAGCCACGGGGGCAUCUGCAACGGGCGUGGCUACUGCGAGUGUGGCCGCUGCCACUGCCACCAGCAGUCGCUGUACACCGACACCAUCUGUGAGAUCAACUACUCGCUGAUCCCGCUGGGCCUCUGUGAGGACCUGCGCUCCUGCGUGCAGUGCCAGGCCUGGGGCACAGGGGCGAAGAAGGGGCGGACAUGCGAGGAGUGCAGCUUCAAGGUCAAGAUGGUGGACGAGCUUAAGAGAGCGGAAGACGUGAUCGGGUACUGCUCCUUCCGUGACGAGGACGACGACUGUAGCUACAGCUACACCGUGGAGGGCGACGGCACCCCCGGGCCCAACAGCACCGUCCUGGUGCACAGGAAGAAGGACUGCCCGCCCGGCACCUACUGGUGGCUCAUCCCCCUGCUCAUCCUCCUGCUGCCGCUGCUGGCCUUGCUGCUGCUGCUCUGUUGGAAGUACUGUUCUUGCUGCAAGGCCUGCCUGGCCCUUCUCCCCUGCUGCAGCCGAGGCCACAUGGUGGGCUUCAAGGAAGACCACUACCUGCUGCGGGAGAACCUCAUGGCCUCCGACCACCUGGACACGCCCAUGCUGCGCAGCGGGAACCUCAAGGGGCGGGACACGGUCCGCUGGAAGAUCACCAACAACGUGCAGCGGCCCGGGCUUGCCGCCCACACGGCCAGCACCAACCCCAGCGAGCCGGUGCCUUACGGACUGUCCCUGCGUCUCGCCCGUCUCUGCACCGAGAACCUUCUGAAGCCGGACACGCGGGAGUGCGCCCAGCUGCGCCAGGAAGUGGAGGAGAAUCUGAACGAGGUGUACAGACAGAUCCCAGGUGCACACAAGCUCCAGCAGACCAAGUUCCGGCAGCAGCCUAACGCCGGGAAAAAGCAAGACCACACCAUCGUGGACACGGUGCUCAUGGCGCCGCGCUCGGCCAAGCCGGCCCUGCUGAAGCUGACGGAGAAGCAGGUGGAGCAGGGGGCCUUCCACGAGCUGAAGGUGGCCCGCGGCUACUACACCCUCAUUGCCGAGCAGGACGCCCGGGGCAUGGUGGAGUUCCAGGAGGGCGUGGAGCUGGUGGACGUGCGGGUGCCCCUGUUCAUGCGGCCCGAGGACGACGACGAGAAGCAGCUGCUGGUGGAGGCCAUCGACGUCGCGGCGGGCACGGCCACCCUGGGCCGCCGCCUGGUGAACAUCACCGUCAUCAAGGAGCAAGCCAGCGGGGUGGUGGCCUUCGAGCAGUCCGAGUACCUGGUCAGCCGGGGGGAGCAGGUGGCCCGUGUCCCUGUCAUCCGGCGCACCGUGGACAGCAGCAAGUCCCAGGUCUCGUACCGCACGCCGGACGGCUCGGCGAAAAGAAACCGGGGAAAGGGACUAAUACGGGGGCAGGGGGACUAUGUCCCCGUGGAAGGGGAGUUGCUGUUCCACCCCGGGGAGACCUGGAAGGAGCUGCAGGUGAAACUCCUGGAGCUGCAGGAGGUGGACUCCCUCCUGCGGGGCCGCCAGACCCGACGCUUCAACAUCCAACUCAGCAACCCCAAGUUCGGGGCCCGCCUGGGCCAGCCCCAGUCGGCCACGGUCAUCAUCGGGGACCGAGAUGAACUGGACCGGGACUUCGUGAGUCAGACCCUGUCAUCCCCGCCGCCUCGCGGGGACCUGGGCGCCCCACAGAACCCCAAUGCCAAGGCCACCGGGUCUCGGAAGAUCCAUUUCAACUGGCUGCCCCCUCCUGGCAAACCAUUGGGCUACCGGGUCAAGUACUGGAUCCAGGGUGACCCCGAGUCUGAAGCUCACCUGCUGGACAGCGAGGCGCCUUCGGUGGAGCUCACCAACCUCUACCCGUACUGCGACUACGACAUGAAGGUGUGCGCCUACGGGGCGCAGGGCGAGGGCCCCUACAGCUCCCUGGUGUCCUGCCGCACCCAACAGGAAGUGCCCAGUGAGCCGGGGCGCCUGGCGUUCAACGUCAUCUCCUCCACGGUGACCCAGCUGAGCUGGGCUGAGCCCGCAGAGACCAACGGCGAGAUCACGGCCUACGAGGUCUGCUACGGCCUGGUCAACGAGGACAACCGACCCAUCGGGCCCAUGAAGAAAGUGCUGGUGGACAGCCCCAAGAGACGCAUGCUGCUCAUCGAGAACCUGCGCGAGUCCCAGCCCUACCGGUACACCGUGAAGGCGCACGGCGCCGGCUGGGGGCCUGAGCGCGAGGCCAUCAUCAACCUGGCCACCCAGCCCACGCGGCCCAUGUCCAUCCCCAUCAUCCCGGACAUCCCCAUCGUGGACGCCCAGGGCGGGGAGGACUACGAGAGCUUCCUCAUGUACAGUGACGACGUGCUGCGCUCGCCCGCCGGGAGCCAGAGGCCCAGCGUCUCCGACGACACUGGCGGCGGCGGCGGCUGGAACGUGGAGCCCGCGCUCGGGGAGCAGCUGGACCUGCGGCGCGUCACGUGGCGGCUGCCCCCGGAGCUCAUCCCGCGCCUGUCGGCCAGCAGCGGGCGCUCCUCCGACGCCGCCGAGGGGGGCGCGGACGGGGAGGGCGGCCCCCGGCCCGCCGGAGAGCACCUGGUGAACGGCCGGAUGGACUUUGCCUUCCCAGGCAGCGCCAGCUCCCUGCACAGGGUGACCACCGCCAGCAGCAGCUACGGGACCCACCUGAGCCCCCACCUGCCCCGGAGUGUGCACAGCGCGACCUCCACCCUCACCCGCGAUUACCACUCGCUCACCCGCACCGAGCACUCCCACUCGGCCACACUACCCCGCGACUACUCCACCCUCGGCUCCCUCUCUUCCCACGAGUCCCGCCUGACUGCCAGUGUGCCUGACACACCCACCCGCCUGGUGUUCUCCGCCCUGGGGCCCACAUCCCUGAAAGUGAGCUGGCAGGAGCCACAGUGCGAGCACGCACUGCUGGGCUACAGCGUGGAGUACCAGCUGCUGACUGGCGGCGAGCUGCGUCAGCUCCACAUCACCAACCCUGGCCAGACCUCCGUGGUGGUGGAGGACCUCCUGCCCAACCACUCCUACGUGUUCCGCGUGCGGGCCCAGAGCCAGGAGGGCUGGGGCCGAGAGCGCGAGGGGGUGAUCACCAUCGAGUCGCAGGUGCACCCGCAGAGCCCACUCUGCCCCCUGCCAGGUUCUGCAUUCACUCUGAGCACGCCCAGUGCCCCAGGCCCGCUGGUGUUCACGGCCCUGAGCCCAGACUCCCUGCAGCUGAGCUGGGAGCGGCCACGGAGGCCCAACGGAAAUAUCCUCGGCUACCUGGUGACCUGUGAGAUGGCCCACGGAGGAGGGCCAGCCACCACGUUCCAGGUGGAUGGGGACAACCCCGAGAGCCGGCUGACGGUGCCGGGUCUCAGCGAGAACGUGCCUUACAAGUUCAAGGUGCAGGCCAAGACCACCGAGGGCUUCGGGCCGGAGCGUGAGGGCAUCAUCACCAUCGAGUCCCAAGAUGGAGGCCCCUUCCCACAGCUGGGCAGCCACGCCGGGCUCUUCCAACACCCGCAGCAAGGCGAAUACAGUUAUGUCACCACCACCCACACCAGCACCAGCGAGCCUUUCCUGAUGGAUGGCCUGGCCCUGCGGUCCCAGCAUCUGGAAGCAAGCAGCUCCCUCACCCGGCACGUGACCCAGGAGUUUGUGAGCCGGACACUGACCACAAGCGGGAGCCUCAGCACCCAGGUGGACCAGCAGUUCCUCCAAACCUGAUCCCGACCUGCAGCGGCCUGGAGCCCGCGCCCCCUCCGCGACGCCCGCUCUGCUACUGUGCCAGCGCCUCUGGCCACACAGCAGGGAGUGGGAGGCAUGAAGGGGGCAGAAGGCCCUCUCACUGCCCCCCCCCCCCAGCCUCUGGACGUAAACCCUUUCAUAACCAAAGAGCAGGGACCAGCGCAGCAAGGUCCAGCCUCUCUUUUGCACUUAAUAAAAGACUUUGCUACUGCA